AGUUGCGCAGCUGACUGAGCAAGUGGUGGCCGGCUUCCCCGCCCGACACACACACACACACACACACACACCGCGGCAGCGGCGACACCUCACACACGAGACAGCCUCCACUGUGGACAUGCUGGCUGUGGACAGAUGAUCUGACAGAGGAAGACAUCAGACGCCGUCCGUCUCCCCGCCGGAUAUUAUGGGGUGUGCUUGCUGCAAGCAGAAGAAGUCCGCCAAACUCGAAGCCGCCACGUUAGCCGCCGCCAACGCGUCGGAGCUGUCGCCUAGCAACGUGGACGGCGGCGCGUCCACGGGCUCGGUGCAGGGACGCUACUGUCCCGACCCCACGCAGGCCAUCCCGGACUUCAACAAGGGCUUCUCGUCCACCGCCGUCUUCGCCAACGCCAACGCGCUGCAGUGGGCGGGCAGCAUCACAGGCGGCGGCGUCACGCUCUUCAUCGCCCUCUACGACUACGACGCUCGCACGGAGGAUGACCUCACCUUCCAGAAAGGAGAGAAGUUCCAGAUCAUCAACAACACCGAGGGUGACUGGUGGGAGGCUCGCUCUUUGGACACUGGGAACGCUGGUUACAUCCCAUCCAACUAUGUGGCCCCUGUGGACUCCAUACAGGCUGAGGAGUGGUAUUUUGGAAAGAUGGGGAGGAAGGAUGCAGAGAGACAGCUGCUGGGCCACGGAAACCAGAGGGGGACUUUCCUCAUACGAGAGAGCGAGACCACCAAAGGCGCCUACUCGCUGUCCAUCCGGGACUGGGACGACAACAAGGGCGACCACGUCAAGCACUACAAGAUCCGCAAGCUGGACAACGGCGGCUACUACAUCACCACGCGCUCCCAGUUUGACACCGUGCCGCAGCUGGUGGAGCACUACACAGAGAGGGCGGCGGGGCUGUGCUGCCGCCUGAUCGGCAGCUGCAAGCGGGGCAUGCCGAAGCUGGCCGACCUGUCGGUGAAGACCAAGGACAUGUGGGAGAUUCCUCGCGAAUCCCUGCAGCUGAUUAAGAAACUGGGCAACGGCCAGUUUGGAGAAGUCUGGAUGGGCAUGUGGAACGGCACCACCAAGGUGGCAGUGAAGACUCUGAAGCCCGGGACAAUGUCCCCCGAGGCUUUCCUGGAGGAGGCUCAGAUCAUGAAGAGACUCCGCCAUGACAAGCUGGUGCAGCUCUACGCGGUGGUGUCGGAGGAGCCCAUCUACAUCAUCACUGAGUUCAUGAGCCAAGGAAGUUUGCUGGACUUCCUCAAAGACGGCGAGGGCCAGAACCUGAAGCUGCCCCAGCUGGUGGACAUGGCGGCACAGAUCGCGGCCGGCAUGGCGUACAUCGAGAGGAUGAACUACAUCCACCGCGACCUGCGCGCCGCCAACAUCCUGGUGGGAGACAACCUGGUGUGCAAGAUCGCCGACUUCGGCCUGGCACGUCUCAUCGAGGACAACGAGUACACGGCCAGACAAGGGGCCAAGUUCCCCAUCAAGUGGACGGCUCCUGAAGCGGCUCUGUACGGACGCUUCACCAUCAAGUCUGACGUGUGGAGCUUUGGCAUCCUGCUCACUGAACUCAUCACUAAGGGACGCGUGCCAUACCCAGGCAUGAACAACCGCGAGGUGUUGGAGCAGGUGGAGCGCGGCUACCGGAUGGCCUGCGCCCCGGGCAGCCCCGCCUCGCUCCACGAACUCAUGCUGCAGUGCUGGCGGCGGGAGGCCGACGAGAGGCACACCUUCGAGUACCUGCAGUCCUUCUUGGAGGACUACUUCACCGCCACCGAGCCGCAGUACCAGCCCGGAGAGAACCUGUGACACACACACACACACACACACACGCACACGCACACGCGCGCCUCCUAAUGUACAUUGUCGCCCUAAUCGCUUCCAGUCGCCGCCGCGUCUUUUGGGACAGAUCCGCCUUGAUGAAGGACCUCUGCUGAUCAGGGGGGCCCUGCAGUGAUGUUGCUUUCCUCUGUAACCAUGACAACAAGGAACUGAAAGAAAGAUGUAGAUGGUUUGGGAGGAAGGGGGGGCGAGUUGGCACAUUAUCCUCUUCUUCCUCAGCCGCCAUAGAUGUUCCGCUCGCACCCUUUCACUCUCUUUUGUCGGCGGAUCCACGCGGCGGUGCAACAGGUUCACCGGCGUCGCGUCGACUCGGGCGGGUCCAAACUCCCGCCGUGUAAAAACCUUUUCUUUUCCAACACAUUUAAAGAGAAAUAUAUAUAUUUUAAGAGAGGCGGUGAGAAAUGUCUCGGCCAUUUUGUAUGAGCCAGUCUCUUGAAGGUUUGACUUUUUAUUUAACGUUCUGUAGCAUUUAUUCAUUCAUUGGGAGGCCGGGUGCAAAGUUCACGCAUUAAAAAAAGGGAAAUAUUUUAUUGUUUUCUUACAAGAUCGUGCCCCUUUUUUAUGCUGAGAUUAUUCUUACUGUAAUAAACAUCUGACAGUU